UUAACUUUCAAAACAAUUUUGCCCCAGGUGGUUCGGUGCUUCAAAAAAACCUUGGUUUGCCCAGAAUACUUCAAUUUGCAUCCAAAGUCUGUCGGCAAACUAGUGGGUUCAAAACCAGCGGGGACGGAGUGAUGUGACCCCGGACUGAAAUGAAUAAUGGAUUGAGUUGCUCUCUUUUGUUGCGAUUCAUACUAUCUGAUCGUGUGUAUCUCCCCCCAUCGACUUUUAACGUGGCAUCGCGUUGUCGUUGUUCGUUUGAAAUAAUACAAUCCCCACAAUACAGCGGGCCAAAUGACGAACCCUUUCAGCACGUAGUUCCUCGUACGUAAAAGUCGUACUGUGUCGUCUGAUCCGGCAGGAGUGUAGGAGCAAAAUAUGCUGUGCAUGGAAGUAUUAUACAAGUGGACGACUGGCUGUCCUGCGUGCGUAAUGAAACACUGAUGUGUCACGGAUGUUCGUUUAUCAAGAUUAUAGGAACUUCAUCGUUCAUAACUGUUAUUCAGAAUGCAGGACUCGCCAUUGUGGGAGCAGAUAGGGACUGGCUUUGUGCGGCACUACUACCAGUUAUUCCAAAGUUAUAGAGCAAAACUUGCUGAUCUCUAUAUUGCUGAGUCAAUGCUAACCUGGGAGGGAGAAAAAAUUUGCGGAAAGGAGGCAAUUACCAAGAAACUCCUUAAUCUGGGCAUCAAAAAAAUUGGGCACACUAUCACAGCACAGGACCACCAGCCAACCACGGACGGCUGCAUCCUGAGUAUGGUUGUAGGACAAUUAAAAGCUGACAACGAUCAAGUCAUGGGUUUUCAUCAAAUUUUCCUCCUGAGGGAAAUAAACUCUGCCUGGGUGUGCACCAAUGAAAUGUUUAGGCUGGCUAUUCACAACUUUGCCUAAAUAAUUCUUCUACUCUGGUGGGCAUGGGGAGUCAAAGUGGUGGAGGGAAGAGAAGAGUGGCCCUUGGAGAGAUUGGAGGAAGCUCAUGCCUUCCCUCCUGCUGUCUGCUUUAGCUUGUUUGACAAAUGUGAACAUCGGAAGCUAACUGUCAAUCACUAAGCCUAAUUGAUCCAAGAGAGUACAAAUGCGACUCUUUUCUUUCUCUGCUGACAUUGGCAAACCUAUCGAACACCACCCAAGACACUCACUUUGCGCCAUGCCUCUAGUUCAUUCGAUGAAUUGUUUGACUUUCAGCUAGUUUCAGAUCAAGCUUGGCUCAGUUCAGUUCAGCAUCAUGUCAGGUGUAGAUGCCACUAGAAUCGCUCUACCUUUCUUUAGGAUGUGUGAUAACAUUUUUAAUCUUUCUUUAUUCAAUGCUUCAUUACCAUACCACCAAAGACUCAUUCAAGACAAUGUUGAAGUUUGCUGUUGUUCUGCAUUAUCUUCCUCCAACAGUCUUGCUUUCUUCCACAGAAAUGUUUUGCCAAUUUACAUGGAUAAAGCCACAACUCCCAAUAAAAUCCAGACUUUCUUUUUCAUAA